GCUAUGUUAAACCCUGGGCCUUGCUCCAUGCUACCGUCACAUCUCCAUCUUCGAGGCGCCAAUUACGUCGUUGCCAUCCUCGGGACAAUUCAGACAUACAAGAGCAACAAGAACGGCGCACGCACGGUCCAGAACACCCUUCAUGCCGGCGAGAUGACAAUCUUCCCCAUCGGCCCAAUCCGCACGAUGAUGAAUAUAGGGUGCGAGAAUGCACAGCUCAUCUCUGCCCUCAAUAGUGACUGACGAUACUGGCACAUUGAAUGUGGCCAACGCAUCCUUCAGCCUUCCUCAGAAUAUCUCGAGUACGGUUCUUGAUGGCGGUGUCCAUGUACAAAAUGUUGAUGGCCAGAUUCCACAGCCCGGCACUGAGGCACAUUUUGGUCCGGAAGAGUGCAUUGCUGCCUGCGCCGCCAGGGGCAAGAUGGUCAGGCGC